GGCGUCAUGUGAUGAUAAUAAUGGAGGCACAACUACAAUGUUCUUGUGUAAAGUUGCAUGUGAUUGAUCAAUUCGCUGUUACGUUAUGAUAGAUGCAACGGAUAGUGCUGUAAGAAAGGGAAUUAUUAAUACAAGCGAAGACCUUUCAGAUAUAGUUGGUACAGGAUACAUGGAGAAAAACAGUCCUCUAAUGCCCGUAGGCAGUACUUCAGCACGUGGUAAAGAUAGGUUUAGUUCAGUUUUUUUAGCUUGUGUGAUUGCUUCGUUAGCAUCCCUUAAUUUUGGCUACACUCUUGGUUACACAUCGCCAACACAGACAGAAUUGCAGGACAGCCACAGAAGUUUUAGUGUUACUAAAGAUGAGUUUUCAUUAUUCGGGGCAUUUAUAGCAGUUGGUGCCAUCAUUGGGAGUAUAGUUGGUGGUUAUUCUGUUGAUAAGUUUGGGCGAAAAACCACUAUCAUAUGUACAUCACUCUUGUACACUCCUGGAUGGUGUCUUAUCUCCUAUGCAGAUACUGUAUCAAUGCUGUACGCAGGUAGAAUACUGACUGGUGUUGCUGUGGGUAUGUCAUCAUUGGCUGUACCUGUGUAUAUAGCUGAAAUAGCAUCGGCAAGAUUACGAGGAGGUCUUGGUUCCGUCAAUCAGUUAGCUGUUACAAUAGGAAUUUUUCUGGCAUAUUUAGUUGGCUUUUCUUUGUCUUGGCAGUGGACAGCCAUGGUUCCUGUUUUUCUUAUUGUUUUGAUGGUUUGUGCAAUGUUUUUCAUGCCUGAAACCCCAAGGUGGUUGUUAGCGAAUAAUCAACGUCACACUGCGAUAAAAGAAUUAGAAUGGUUAAGAGGUCCAGACUAUGAUGUUGAGGAGGAAUGUUUUGAAAUAGAAAGUAAUCUAGAUCAACAAGAGAGAGUUUCAUUCAAAGACUUUAGAACCCCUGGAUUAUACAGACCUCUAAUAAUUGGUGCAAUGAUGAUGGUCUUUCAACAGUUUUGUGGAAUAAAUGCUGUAUUAUUCUACGAUGCGAAAAUCUUUUCCACAGCUGGGUUUAAGGAUGCAGAAGGUGUGUCGUUGGCUGUUGGAGGUACACAGGUUAUUGCUACUGGAGUGGCAUGUUUAUUGGUAGAUAAAAGUGGACGACGGAUCUUGUUAAUAAUUGGAGGUAUAGUGAUGUUUGCCUGCACUCUUCUACUGGGUAUAUAUUACGAUAUAGCAAAGCUGCCCAAAGAUACCGAUGAGAAACAAAUUUCGAUAUUUGGAUCAUGGUCACAUUCUGUUGCCUUGUCUAACAUAUCCUGGCUUGCAGUUUUGUGUGUGCUUGUUUAUAUCAUUGUAUUCUCCCUUGGGUGGGGUCCUUUACCCUGGUUGUUGAUGUCAGAGAUAUUCCCACCUCGAGCCCGUGGCUUAGCCAGUGGAAUUGUUACCCUCAUCAAUUGGUCAUUUGUUUUUGUCGUCACAUAUUCCUUUGAUUCAAUGACGAGAACAUUCUACGAGCAGGGAACAUUUUGGUUCUUCUCUGGAUUUUCUCUGCUUAGUUUCUUAUUUGUUUUAUUUUUUGUUCCUGAGACCAAGGGCAAGACACUGGAAGAAAUUGAACAGAUCUUUAUGAAAUCUGGGAUGCGUAUCAAAAAAUCUGUUUCCUGAAAAGUAUUAUUUUUUACCUGGAAUAUUGAGAAUAAACUUAUGACGGUGUGACUGAAAAUCUUGUGUAACAAAAAUAUUAACAAUUGUUUACAAAAUAUUUUGUCAAUUUUACAUUUUUUUUAGUCCUGUAUUAAAAGAGAAAUUGUUCACAAAAAAUUUUUGUUUCACAGAUUUCAUGCACUAAUUUACAAAAAUAUCUUUAUGCACAAAAUUUAAAAAAUGAUAUAUUGUCUCUAAAUUAAACUUUAUUUUUUUUAUACUUGUUAAAUAUUAAUUGUACCCAGUUUUCAAUUCUUUUUUGCCUAUAUCACCAAAGGAUAGUCUAUGUAUAGUUCAUAUAGAAGUUUUUUGCUGUGAGUCUUAUAUGUGCCUAUGUUUGAAACUUACGGAGUUCGUCUCUUUUUCUUAUCCCGUUUAAUUUACAUUUUUAUAGAUAAUUUCUAAGUCUACACAGAAAUAACUUCACAUUGUUAAUUUUUGGUCAGUCAUAGAAAUAUUAAAUUUAAAAUAGUUUCACUAAGCUUUCUUUGCGUUUUAAGUGAUGUAGUCGUUUUGACGAUAUAGCAGCUGUACGUUCUUACUAUACACUAGUUGCGUUUGCACUUUUUUUGUUUUAUUCACUUCUAUUUAACUCUUGUACAUCUUACAUGUAAACGUUUUAUUUCAUUGUUAAAAACAAUUUAAAGAAGCUGCAAACACAACAACUAGCUA